GUGGCGAGCUCUGGGGCGGGACGGUGAUUUCGCUGGGAGCAGAAGCGCUGCGGUCGCCGCCAUCGCCAUUCCCUUCAUAAUGGCUCAUAAGCAGAUCUAUUAUUCGGAUAAAUACUUCGACGAGAACUACGAAUACCGGCAUGUGAUGCUACCAAGAGAGCUCUCAAAGCAAGUACCAAAAACACAUCUAAUGACUGAAGAAGAAUGGAGAAGACUUGGUGUUCAGCAAAGUCUUGGCUGGGUCCACUAUAUGAUUCAUGAACCAGAACCACAUAUCCUUCUUUUUAGAAGACCACUUCCAAAAGGCCAACAAAAAUAACUUCUCUAAAUUUCUGGAACUUUAUGUAUAAAUGUAUAUAUGUUGGUAGUAUUCAGUGAAUACUUGAGAAAAAUGUACAAAUAAGUCAUUACCUGUGCAUGAGCUGUAUUAUUCACAGCAACAGAGCUCAGUAAAAUGCAAACUAAGUUGGCUGCUAUGAUCUUGAACUCUCAUCGUUAACAAGUGCCUAUUUGCUCUUGUCAAUUUUGUUCAAUAAAGUUUACAACUUACAUGUAACGUGUUGAUUAUAAAAUCUUCAAUUAUCUUUGGGUUAUAUUAGUAAUGUAUCUUUCUAUAACAGAGCAAUUCAUCCUGUGGCUU